AUGAAGUCGAACGCGCACAGCGUCGCCCUUGGCGACGCUAACAAGAAUGAAUACAACAGCGACGCCAAGAAUAAGGCCCCUGCCUCGUUCGGUUUGGCAGCGGUGGAUCUGACUUGGCUGUUUUCUUCAAAUGAGGAGAAGCCACUGGUUACCAUCAAGUGUGGAGAAGAUGCCUACAGCCGAACGUUCACGGUCCUCAAGCCUAUCUUGACGAAGCACUCCAACUUCUUCGAAAAAUGCCUUCGGAACCCGUGCAAAGAGUCCGAAUCCUUGAUCGUCGAGCUUCCCGAAGUCCUACCCAGCAACAUGAUGCUCUACCUCACCCUCGCCACCCGGCAAGCCCUGAUGAAUCGCGCCUCAGCGGAGACUUUAGUGAAGCGCAAGGAUUUCGCAGAUCCGACCUACAUGUCGGACCAUGUACAAUUUUACCAACUUUGCGACUUUCUCCAAAAUGAAGAGCUCGGGAAAAGCACUCACAAACUGCUUGUCAACCUCAUCAAGAGCCAGCAAAAUGUUUACACCGGAGGCAAUUGUCCCACUAUUUUCCGGGGCUAUGGCAAUACCUUCGAUCUUCUAAAGCAGGGUCAUGUCGCCCAAGCCAAACUUCGUCGCCUGCUAGUCAAGACCUUCUGUUGCACAAUCAACGCUUCAAACUGCUUCAAGUAUUGCGAUGCUCUGAAGGAGUAUCCCGACUUCCACUUUGAGGUUGCCAAGCAGUACGCACUCAACUCCAUGUGGAAGGAUCCUACCCAUAAAAAGGCAGCCGCGAUGAUCAAGACACAGCGCAUGUCUAUCGACGACGAGUCAGAGUCGGAGCUGGAACCGGAUUCGGAUUCGGAGCUGCAGUUGGAUUCGGAGCCGGAGUCGGAGGAUUGA